CCCCCGAAGGUGCCGGGGAAGGACGGGGGACGCCGGUUCUGGGGGCUCGGCGGGGUGAGGGAAUCUCCUCUCCCGGGCCGGGAGAGCAGUGCCGGCGCCUUUGCCCCUCCAGGGCGCUGGGAAAGGGYAGCGAGGACACCGCCCGCUCUCCCUCAGCUCCGCUCCGCCGCCCCGCCCCGGGCGCGCAGGUGUCGGACGGUGGGAUGUCCGCGGUGCCAUGGCGGGGGCUGCGAGGGACACCCCGGCGGGCGAGCAGGAGGAAUACAGGCUCUCCAUGUGUAGCAAACUCUGCUAUGCUAUAGGAGGGGCCCCGAACCAAGUGGCAGGGAGUGCUGCUUCUUUCUUCCUGCAGAUCUACCUGCUGGACAUAGCCCAUAUUACUCCAUUUCACGCCUCUUUGGUGCUGUUCAUUGGCAAAGCCUCAGGUGCAGUUACYGACCCUGUUGCUGGCUUUUUUAUUAGCAAAAGUAGAUGGACAAAAAUCGGCCGGCUCAUGCCUUGGGUGCUGGCAUGCACACCCUUCACGAUAGUGUCCUAUUUUUUUAUGUGGUACCUGCCUCCAUUUGCAUCAGGAAGAGUUGCUUGGUACCUGACUUUCCACUGCCUUUUCCAAGCACUGACCACAUUAUUCCAAGUACCAUACUCUGCUCUCACUAUGUUUCUCAGCACGGACCAGAAGGACAGAGAUUCUGCAACAGCAUAUCGCAUGACCAUGGAAGUGCUUGGGACCUUGAUUGGAGCUUCACUUCAGGGACAGAUUGUGGCCAGUGCUCAUGUCUCUCCCCACUGCACUGUGAAUCCCUCAGCAAACACCACUGACUCCUGGCAUGACACUUCCAGCAUCCCAGACCCCGCAGAUCCCCUGUCUCAUCAAGCAAAAGUUUACAUGAUUGCAGCAGGGGUCAUAGUGGGUGUGUAUCUUCUUGGGAUUGUCGUUCUUUUUCUUGGAGUAAAGGAAAGGGAUGAUCCUUAUGCCUUAAAUUCAGACAGAGCAAUUCCUUUCUGUAAGGGGCUCGCACUCACCAUGAAGCACGGUCCAUAUGUGAAGCUUACAGCUUCAUUUCUUCUCAUCUCGACAGCAGUUCAGCUGGAGCAGGGCAACUUUGUCCUGUUCUGCACUCACGCUGCCGGCCUCCGCAAUCACUUCCAAUAUUUGGUGGUGACCAUCUUGGUAUCAGCAGCCGUGAGCGUUCCCUUCUGGCAGAAGUUUCUGCAGAGAUUUGGCAAGAAGUGUGCAGCAUGUGGGAUUUCGUGGAUGAUUCCUUUUGCAGUCAUGCUGGUGACCAUUCCAAACCUGACCCUGGCUUAUUUCGUGGCCUUCAUCUCUGGUCURAGCAUUGCAGCAUCUCUUCUGUUACCAUGGUCAAUGCUGCCUGAUGUUGUUGAUAACUUUCGCCUGCAGAAUCCCCAUGGAAAAGGACAGGAAACCAUUUUCUAUUCUUCUUAUGUAUUUUUUACCAAGAUGUCAGCAGGAAUUGGCUUAGGAAUUUCUGCAGCAGGGCUGGAGUUUACUGGAUACAAGCCAGGGAUAUGCAGACAGUCAGAUGAUGUGAUCCUCACUCUGAAACUCCUMAUUGGAGCAGUCCCUGCUGUUCUCAUCCUUUUGGGUUUAUUUAUACUCCUUUUCUACCCAAUCACYGAAGAAAGUCGGAAAGAAACAAAGCUUGCCCUUGAAGAGUUAAGGAGGAGCCACCAAAGCACAGAGAACUUGGACAGGCACAGAAAGGACACCUCUGUCUGAAAGCUCUGAGCACAGUGGCUUUCCAAAAACAGACUCACAUCCCACCAACAAACCCUGUGAGAGUUUUCCAUCCCACCAACAGACCCUGUGAGAGGUCAUUUCUCUGCUCACAGUUAUCAAAAAGGACAAAGGAUGAUUCUAACAGAAAGCAUCGUGCAAAUUUACACCUAACUCUUUGCAAUGUGCUAAAAAAAACAUUACAGAUGUUCAGAAGUGCAAGCUGUUGAAGGCUUGGUUUUUUGUUUUUUUUUGUUUGUUUUUCAAUGAUUAGUGGGAAGCUGUGAUCUUGUUGCAUGGAGGAUUUUAUGCAUUUAUAGGUCAAGACCGGAAAAAAGCGUAAAUGUGACCAUAGAAUUUUUGAAUGUWCUGAACUGGAGAAGACUCACAAGGSUYAUUGAGUC